AUGGCAUUCUUCUGCUCUUUAUCGAACCCUAUGCCCGCCGGCGCCCUAGUCUCGGAAAAAUACAUUAACCCUGACAUCACCAAAGUGAGCGUCACGGUGAACGGCUCGCCCAUCAAGAUCUACAACAACGGCAUCGAUGCGAAGAAUCUGUGGCUGGAGAUCAGCCUAUACUUUCAGCCCAAAGAAGUUCCCAGCAAAAUGGACCUUAUAAGGUUUUACGCAGACAAGAAGUUAAGGUUGUUUAUCGACCUUCGCUCCAUGGCGGACACCAAAAUGCAUGGCAGUGGCGUCCGUCUUGUUAACACCACAGACAGUGUGUUCCUUAAGAUCUACAGAAAGGUGUCUGGCUCGGGAAACGUGAAAUGCAACGUUUUCAUCAUCAGCGUUUCUCAAAUGAACAUCAUGGAGAAACAGCUCCAGUCUGUGCAGUUUUAGAAAACAUGGACCCAAAAAACAUUCCGUUUAUCGCCUUGAUCGUGGGGCCGACAAACUCUGGCAGAAGCCAAUAUCUUGUGCGUCUCCUGCGGGGCCCUUUUCGAGGGAAGUUUGACCACAUGGUGUUGAUAUGCCCCACCUGUGUCCUCAAAAAAAACCUACGACAGGUUUGUGGAUCACAAUUCGCGAAAUUUUUGUCAUCAACUGCCAGCAGGAAGAGGUCGAACUCUGGCUUAAGCUGAGCAGCUAUAUUUUCCAGGUAACAAACACACUGAUUGUUUUGGACGAUUGCGCUCCCUCGAAGGACGUGAAAGGACGCACUGGUCAGCUGGUUUCUCUCGGCUGUUCAGCCCGCCACGCAGGCAUCAGCGUUAGGGUUUUGACACAGCAGAUCACCAACAUUUCAAACCAUUCCGUGAAAACGUGGCUGCCAUCGUUCUGUUUUACACUCCGUCGGGCAAAACCAGGAAAGUCAUCUUUGACGACCAUGCCGGAGAGCUUUCCCCGGAAGAGUACAAGGAACUGAUGGCAGAGCUAAAAACAGAAAAUUUUCCUAUCUGGUCUUCGCCCCGCGCCACCCUUUUGGAAUCGAAAUUUUAUUUUGAGUUAAUAUAUUCGCAAUGUCUGAACAGGAUGCUCUCAACGUAGUCAUGCAAAUGCUGGACGCCUCUCCCGACAGCUCGAAACCCUCAUAUUAUCCUGUUGCGCUCGCUGUCAACAUUCCCGAACAACGCGAAAAGCUGGCUGCGCUUGUUUCCACAAGCAAAACAAAAGAUGCGCUCGGACCCAGCUUUCUCAUGAACAGGUGAAAAGCCUGUGGAGCAAUUUUACAAAAGAUAUGGGGCCUACGUGGACAGCAAGACCACCGAAACGUUGAUUCAAAGCUUUUUUAAGCUUGCCAGCAAGGCUAUCGAUAUGGUCGUGAAAGUGAAUGACGUGGAAGCUUUGCAAAAGGACCUCCAAAAAGAUUUUGUGAUUAACUCGAACUUGUCGUCUGUGGCUGGAAAUAUAGCACUGGGUUGCGGCCGCCAACUUGAGGCUGCCAAUACCACUCUGAUCACAGCCAAGCACAUCGAGUUUGAAAAGGAACCUGACAAGGAACCUGCAAAGGAACCUGUCAAAGAACCUGAACAAGAAUCUUGCAAAGAAGCUGACAAAGAACCUGUGAAAAUUUUCCACAUUUUAUAUACAUGGUUUGGAAAUCGGAUGCACCUGCUGCGGCACCUGCCCAUACGCCUCAAGUUCAAGAGCCCGUUUUGUCAAAAGAAUCUAAGACAAGACCAGCAAAAAACCCUGGGCGAGUUCCGGCUGGCAAAAAGUUACCCGAACGAAAUCGCUUGGCACGUGAGGCAAAAAAGAACCAAAGACCGCCAGAAACCCCCGCUGACGAAAAAAAGGAGCCAGAGAACCCAAGCGGCGGAGUCAACGGCUAUUUGCUUUAUUGGCGUCGGAGGCCUGGCUGUCUCCGCACUGCGCGUUUAUUAACAGAAGGACCCGGCACCCAGCGAGCCUCAUCCUCGGAGACCCAGGGGCUGUUAGUCGGACCGAGAGAAAAGGCGCGACGAAAGUUUUCAAGCACAGGCGGAAAAGCCCCUGGGUACCGACUCUCACCGGACAAUUUAAUUUCCAAACGGUCAAGCGAAUGCUGGCUCCUGAUUGGGCACAAAAACUGCUUUGUAUUAUUGUGCCUUUCCAUUUCAAAAUGCUGUCUACCCACAAACUAAAGACGCUUUUCCAAAAAUACAAUCUUGAGCUUACAACAAGUAUUCACGCUUACAUCAAUCACGCCUUCGUAAAUAAUAGGGAGUUUUAAAAGAUGCCACGACAGCUGACAGCCACGAAAACGUCGCAUAAAAAGUGAAUUCACAUUUUUUGUAGCCUCUAUCGUGAUUAUUCCAACUGGUUUACUUUGUCAAAUGCAAGCGAACUCUUCUGGAGCUGAAUUUCCAUCAACCAUAUCCAAGUUCAUAAAGAGAAAGAAAAUUUUGUCAUUGCUUGUUUACGUCCUUCACAAAACGUGAAAUUAGGCAUUUUCACACGGUAGUCGUACAGUCACGGCAAACAAAUAUACGAAAAGAGUAAUGCACGUGCAAAGUUGUUGUUUUGCCUUGUCAAGCUAUUGCUUUUUUUACUUAUCGUCGCCGCUGCAUCUUAAAUUUCCUGUUAUUUACGAUACAUUGUGAUCCGUCAAAAAUAGAGUUUUAUCAGUGCAAAUUGAAUUGUUCCUUCUGAUAGCAUCCGGAACGUUUUUAGACUUAUCGACAGUUCCUUCGUUUCUGGUUAGGAAAGCUUGGUGAACGAACCGGGCAACUGUGGCGAGAUAAUAGCCGCCGUGUACGAACUCACGAAAUAAAACUCAAAAGAAACUGUUCGGCGAUUGGGCACAAUAAUACAAAGCAGUUUUUGUGCCCAAUUAGGAGCCAGCAUUUGCUUGACCGUUUGGAAGUGGUCCUGUGAGAGUCGGUACCCAGGAGCUCUUCCGCCUGAGCCUGAAAACUUUCGUCGUGUCUUUUCUCCCGGCCCGACUGACUGCCACUGGGUCUCCGAGGAUGAGCAAGCCUGAUCCAGAACCAGAACCAAAGCCAAAGCCUAAUGGAUUGAAUUUUUUUACAUAAUAACAACCAUAUCCGACAACAAGUUGGUCAAAACUGCGAUGCUUUACGGCCUGUGGAGAUUUCCAAACAUUUCCAACCCACUCACUGUACAAUACUAUAUCACAGAUAUUUUUCGACCACCUCGAUUUGACAUUAAACCGGGUAAAUAUCCCAGGUGAGGAAUAAUUUUUCACAUAAAUAUAUACUAUGACCGAUAAUUGGCUCGUCGAAACCAUUCUCGAUGGAAGCCGGCCUUGACUGGGCUUUGAAAAAAAUCGUAAAAGAAAACCUCACAGCGGAUCCCAGCGGCAGUGCCAUGAACUACGUAAAGUUUACAAUCGUUAUGUCUGCCGCUUUCACUCUGAAGCAGUGCAUAGAUAAUAAAAAACCCUCCCCAAAAAACUUCUAAGCUUUUAUAUAGCAUGGCAAGUGUUGCAAUGAUGGCUGGUCGCGGUGUUCUGAACGCUGUGGCGGCAAUUAUCUGGCCUGUUUUCUUUCUGGUGAUGACCUAAAGGCUUCCCUCGAAGAAAAAAAAGACACGACGAGGCUCUGGAGGCUAACCAAGCCUCUUAUGCCAAAUACCAGAAAGAACGCACAAAGCUGCUUGACUGAAUCGAAAAGUAGCACUAAAGCAAAGAACUGGCAAAACAAAACUUCACAAACACUGACUAGGCCUUCAAGCUUUACAACAGGAUGGACCAAGAUGAGCCACUCACCGCCCCCAGCGAACCAAAGUUCUCUGACUUCUACCGGCCCAGCUCUCUGCAAAAACAAGGCGAGUUGAUUUUUUCAGCACUGGCGCUCUUGUGCUCGGAUACGUUGCUUUUCGAUUUUUAUAAAAUCUCCUGCAGCCAAGGAAAUCGUGCAAAACUUUUCAAAACAAACAUUUUUUUGCAUCUUAGGUGGUAGCGUGUCCUGCGGCCAGGCCGCGAACCCAAGGCAUUAACGGGCACGUAUUUGGUGUGCCAGUCACAAUCCAUUUCUAUCUUUUUUCAUAUUUUUAAUAUAACAUGGACGCUAAGCUUUCCAAAAUUUACUACAGCCCUCAAGGCUACUGGAAACGCUCGCCGCUGCUGCAAAAGUUUCCGAAAACGGCGCAACAAAUGGCUGAUACGCCAAGCCCUUUGGCAAAUCUAUCUUCUUGCGCCAGAAAACAUUGCUCGCCCCAAAUUCGAUGUGCCCACGCCAAACGCAGUUCACCAGGCAGACCUCCUUUUUCUUCCUCACGACACCGUGGGGGAUGGCCGGGACCGAAAAACAUACAAAUACGAUUUGACCAUCGCCGAUGUGGCCAGCCGUUUCAAAGAGGCUGAACUCUUGACCUCGAAAGAAUAGGCUAAGGUAUCAAGCGCUUUUCAGAAAAUUUACAAACGCGGGUCUUUGAAAUAGCCACAGCUUUUGCAAGUGGACCAUGAAUGCGAAUUCGAGGGUGGUGUCACCAAAGAGAUCGAAAACACACAUCAAACAUUCGAGGCGGGAGGGUGGAUAUUCACCGCGACCAGGCCAUCGUCGAAAGAUUCAACCGCAUCCUUGCUUCGCGCCUGUUCGGGAACCAGUAUGCAGUCGAAAUGAGGCUGCCCAUGGGCCAAAGUCCUUCCGAAUGGGUGGUGUGGCUUCCCGACGUGGUCUCCAUUUGGGUAACCGGCAAGAAGCCUGGUGAAGCCAUCAAAGAAAAAGCCGUUUAUUCCAAGCCUGCGACUUCUUGCGUCAGACCUGUUGGCGUGCGUGAAAAGUGGAUCCCUUCCUCGACGGUUUUUCGCUAUCUCUACCAACCCGGUGAGCUUGAGGGCGGAAGGAAAAGAGCCACAGAUCCGAUCUGGUCUUUGAAAGUGUACCACAUCGAAAAACCAAUCACCAAGCCCAAAUGA